GCCAAAAGGGUAAAAACAGUAGCGAAUCUCGUUGCGAUACCGUCUUCUCUCCUUUUUCGUUUCGUUUAAAAAUAGAGCAACUGCGUCCCAUCCGUUCGCCGGAAAAUCAUUCAGAGACGACCGCCAUGGGUAUAGCCGAAGCUUCACCGAUAACUAUGGCUCCGCUUCUUCUACGGAACUUGCUCACCUCUCUCUUUGGCUUCGCCGACAAAUUCCUUAUCAGUUUAUCGAAGAAACACAAACUCCUCGAGGUUAUCCACUGCCUGUCAGUCUCCUUCUUCCUCUUUUUCCUCCGUUGGCUUCCCCCCUUUUUCCCGACGAUACACCAGGUUUCCGACGAUCGGUAUCCUCUAAAAUCUCCAAAAGGCGGGAGUUACGGAACCAGUGGAAGCGGAAGCGGAAGCGGCGAUUUAGGGAUUUCUCGAGCCCUAACUCAAUUGCUGUCGAUUAUUAGUCACGUUCAGAUUAGUUCUCGUAAGUAUGAAGUGGUUCGAUCAUUGGCGGAGAAGCUGAUCGACGAGAAUCACCGGGAAGGUAUUGAGGAACUUCGUGAGGUUAAUCGUGCGGUUCUUUCGACGGCUUUCGAUCGGACUAUUGCGCAGAUUGAAGCCGCCAUGCUCCACCAAGGGUUUCGCAACGACGAUGACGAGGAUGAAGACGGCGAAACUAGUUCUGGACCGGUGGAGUUUUGGUUGGCUCGGGUUGUUAGGGCGGUUUGCAGCCGGUUAGGGAGUGUGAAGGAUGGGGCGAACCGGACCGGAAGCUCAGCGGAGAAGCUGGCGGCGGAGUUGCUGUGGCUGGCUGGGAAAAUGGCGAGCUGUGGCUGUGGGAUUGAGGCGUGUCAGCGGUGGGCUUCGGCUGCUCAGUUGGGAAGACUCUCGCUCUCGGCGGAGCCGCGUCUGCAGGGCUCCUUGGUUAGAGUCGCAGCUUUCAUGUUCAAGCAAUCCAGAGAAAUGGGAAAGGAAAGUGAGAAACACGCGCAGACGAAGUUGCAGAUGCUGAUUUCAUGGCUUCCAUUGUUAUGCAGAGGCAGUAACGGCACCGAUGCUCCCGUCCUCAGCAUUGGGGAGCGGCGAGAGGUGGAGUUGGUGUUGGGGGAGAUGAUAGGGACACUGCAAAGGGACGAACAAGAGCAGGUUUUGGCUAUGUGGCUUCACCAUUUCACAUACUCUGCCUCCUCCGACUGGCCCAACCUCCACGCCUCAUAUGCUCACUGGUACAGCGCCUCUCGUAACCUCAUCAUCCACCAACAUCACUAAAUGUAACUUCAAAGCAAUGCUCCUCCUUGGAAAUGCUGUUUGUAUAUUGUUAGAACAAGUUUAAAUUCACGCAUCAUUUUGUUACCAU